AUGCGGCGUCGGCGCGGCGGGUUUGGUUCGGCAUUGUCUGCGCUCCACCCGAGCACCGCGGCGGGGCCCGCACGCCUCUCCGGGAAGUCGGCGUCCCGGACAGAAAGCACCUGGCGCCCCUCCUCGGGGUACCCCUCCUUCGGUCCCGGGGCGAGCCGGCGGGGGUCUUGGGAGCCAGCGCGCUGCGGGCCCUGCAGCAGCCCCUCCGGUGUCCUCGGGGACGCCAAGCAGAGCGGCUCGGACCGCAGUCAUAUCAACAUGCCCUCUCUCCUGUUGCUGGAAGCCAUCUGCAUUGUCCUGUUUGCUGGAGUGCCUCCAUCCCUCCCUCUUCAGGAAGUCCACGUGAGCAAGGAGAUUAUUGGGAAGAUUUCAGUCGCCAGCAAAAUGAUGUGGUGCUCGGCUGCAGUGGACAUACUGUUUCUGAUGGAUGGCUCUCAUAGUGUCGGGAAAGGGAGCUUUGAAAGGUCCAAGCACUUUGCCAUCACGGUCUGUGAUGCUCUGGACAUCAACCCUAGGAAGGUCAGGGUGGGAGCCGUCCAGUUCAGUUCCACCCCUCGUCUGGAAUUCCCCUUGGAUGCCUUUUCAACCCAACAGGAAGUGAAGGCAAAAAUCAAGAGGAUGGUUUUCAAAGGAGGGCGCACAGAGACAAGCCUUGCUCUGAAAUACCUUCUGCACAAAGGAUUCCCAGGGGGCAGAAAUGCCUCUGUGCCCCAGAUCCUCAUCAUCGUCACCGACGGGAGGUCCCAAGGGCACGUGGCCCUGCCCUCCAAACAGCUCAAGCAGAGGGGCAUCACUGUGUUCUCCGUGGGCAUCCACUUCCCAAGGUGGGAGGAGCUGCACUCACUGGCCAGCGAUCCAAGGGAGCAGCAUGUGCUGAUGGCCGAGCAGGUGGAUGACGCCGCCAACGGCCUCUUCAGCACCCUCAGCAGCUCCGCCAUCUGCACCACCGCCUCUCCAGACUGCGAGGUCCAGCCUCACCCCUGUGAGCGCAAGACGCUGGAGACGAUCAGGGAGCUUGCUGGCCUCGCCCCGUGCUGGAGAGGAUCUCGGGGCACUGAUGCUGUGCUGCCUGCCCUCUGUCCCUUCUCCAGCUGGAAGAGAGUGUUCUUCACCCACCCCACCAGCUGCUACAGGACCACCUGCCCAGGCCCCUGUGACUCACAGCCCUGCCAGAAUGGAGGCACGUGUGUUCCAGAAGGACCGGACAGGUACAACUGCCUUUGCCCGCCAGCCUUUGGAAGGGAAGCCAACUGUGCUCUGAAUCUGAGCCUGGAGUGCAGAGUGGACGUCCUGUUCCUGCUGGCCGGCUCAGCGGAUGCCACCCCGGAGGGCUUCCAGCGGGCCAAGGCCUUCGUGAAGCUGUUUGUGCGGGCAGCCCUGGCCGGAGACUCCCGGGCACGUGUGGGUGUGGCUCUCUAUGGCGCAGAGCUGACCGUGGCCGUGCCAGUGGGCGAGUAUCAGGACGUGCCGGACCUGGUCCGGAGCCUCGACGGCCUGCACUUCGACGGUGGCGCCACCCUGACGGGCCGGGCCCUGCAGCAGGUGGCAGAGCGUGGCUUCGGGAGUGCCCCCAGGACAGGCCUGGACCGGCCUCAACGGGCGGUGGUCCUGAUGACCGAGGCACGCUCCCAGGAUGAGGUGGCCGGCCCGGCGGGUUUUGCGAGGGCCUGGGAGCUGCUCCUGCUGGGUGUGGGCAGCGAGGACGUGCGGGCGGAACUGGAGAUCAUCACUGGUGGCGCAGAGAGUGUGCUGACCUACACCAGCCCGCAGGACCUAUUCGACCAAAUCCCAAAGCUGCAGGGCAAGCUGUGCAGCCGGGCACGCCCAGGCUGCCAGGCCCAGUCGCUGGACCUGGCCUUCAUGCUGGACGCCUCGGUCUCAGUGGGGCCCAAGAACUUCGCCCAGAUGCAGAGCUUCGUGAGAAGCUGCGCCCUCCGGUUUGACGUGAACCCCGAUGUGACGCAGAUCGGCCUGGUGGUGUAUGGCGGCCACGUCCAGACAGCCUUCGGGCUGGACACCCACCUUAGCCGUGCUGCAGUGCUGCGGGCCCUGAGCCAGGCCCCCUACCUGGGAGGGGUGGGCUCGGCAGGCACGGCCUUGCUGCACAUCUAUGACAAGGUGAUGACGGUCCGGGGCGGCGCCCGGCCUGGCGUCCCCAAGGUGGUGGUGGUGGUCACGGGUGGGAGCGGGGUGGAGGACGCGGCUGUCCCGGCCCAGAAGCUGAGGGACAACGGCGUCUCGGUCUUGGUGGUGGGUGUGGGGCCCGUCCUGAGGGAGGCACUGCGGAGGCUCGCGGGUCCCCGCGACGCCCUGAUCCACGUGGCAGCCUACGCAGACCUGAGCCACCACCAGGAUGCACUCAUCGAGUGGAUAUGCAGAGAAGCCAAGCGGCCAGUUAACCUCUGCAAACCCAGCCCAUGCAUGAACGAGGGCACCUGUGUCCUGCGCAAUGGGAGCUACCGCUGCGAGUGCCAGGGUGGCUGGGAGGGCCCCCACUGCGAGAACCGGGCCUUGAGAGGAGAUGCCCUCAAGGCACGUGGCUCCAGCCGAGAGCCUGCAGGAGGGCAGCCACUGAGCCCCUCCCAGCUGGGCCUACAAAGAAGGCCUGGGCCCCCUGGGCACUGA